AUGUUCAGCCUCAAGCGGGUCGUCCUGACCGCCACCGCCCUCCUGGGUGUGUCGAUGGUUGCUUUCUCCCAGGUUGCUGAGGCUGCCAAGGGCCCCAAGAUCACCCACAAGGUCUACUUCGACAUCACCCACGGUGAUGAGCCCCUCGGCCGCAUCGUCAUGGGUCUCUACGGCAAGACCGUCCCCAAGACCGCUGAGAACUUCCGCGCUCUUGCCACUGGCGAGAAGGGCUUCGGUUAUGAGGGGUCUACCUUCCACCGUGUUAUCAAGCAGUUUAUGAUCCAAGGUGGUGACUUCACCAAGGGUGAUGGCACUGGCGGCAAGUCCAUCUACGGCGAAAAGUUUGCCGAUGAGAACUUCAAGCUCAAGCACACCAAGAAGGGCAUUCUCUCCAUGGCCAACGCCGGAAAGGACACCAACGGCUCCCAGUUCUUCAUCACCACUGUUGUUACUUCCUGGCUCGAUGGCCGCCACGUCGUCUUCGGCGAGGUCCUCGAGGGCUACGAUAUCGUCGAGAAGAUCGAGAACGUCAAGACCCAGCCUGGUGACAAGCCCGAGAAGACGGUCAAGAUCGCCAAGUCUGGCGAGCUGGAGGUCCCCGAAGAAGGUAUCCACGUGGAACUCUAA